UCCCGCCCCGUCCCGCCCGGGCUGCCCGGCUCCCACAGGCCCCCCUCCGCUGUCCGCGUUCCUAUGGACAGACGCACAGACACCUGCAGCCAGCAAGUUGGAGACUUAAAGAGAGCCAAUGGGGUAGUUCACAUCCAAGUCUGAAGGCCUGAGAACCAGGGGAGCCAACGAUGUAAAUUUCAGUCUGAAAGCCAGCAGCCUCAAGACCCAAGAAGAGCCAAAGGUUUGAAUCCAAAGAAUUCCCUCCACAGUGGAUUGCAGCACAUUGUAUCUGAGGCUUAAUACAUGUUGACCCUUUAACUUGUGUGUCAGAGAUGGUUUCAUCAGUGAAGAUAUUUGGGAAAGACACUGCUGAUCCUGUAACAUGGAGGAUUGCCUUCAUACCUCAUCUGAGAAUCUGUCCAAAUUGGUCAGCUGGGCCCACAGCCAUGGGACUAUUUGCAGCCUUAUUCCUAACCUGAAACACUUGCUUUCGGAAGGUUCCCAUGGGAACCUGACAGCAAUGUGGGGCUGUAGUGCUGGCCAUGCUUAUCACUGGCCACUGACAGCUACUUGCAGAGCUGGGUCUCAAGAAAGGGUCUGUUUCCAGGAUAACAGAAGUUUUAACUCUGAUAGUCCCAGUAUAAUCGGAGUGCCCUCUGAGACACAAACUAGCCCAGUUGAAAGGUACCCUGGGAGACCAGUGAAAGCGAAGCUAGACUGUAAUCGGACCAGAGACUCUUGUGACUUCUCUUAUUGCAGUGAGCCCUCUGAACUGGAUGAAGCUGUUGAAGAAUAUGAAGAUGAAAACACCCUGUUUGACAUGGUUUGUGAGUCCUCUGUUACAGAUGAGGAUAGUGACUUUGAACCUCAAACCCAAAGGCCUCAAAGCAUUGCUCGAAAAAGGCCUGGAAUAGUUCCAUCUUCUCUUCAUUCAAGCUCCCAGGCUCAGAUGGUUGAUGAAUGCAGCAAUGAUGUCAUCAUCAAGAAGAUCAAACAAGAGAUUCCUGAAGAUUAUUACAUUGUGGCAAAUGCAGAGCUGACUGGAGGAGUAGAUGGACCAGCCCUAUCCUUGACUCAGAUGGCAAAACCCAAGCCUCAGACUCAUGCUGGUCCCUCCUGUGUAGGGUCUGCUAAGCUGAUUCCCCAUGUAUCAUCUGCCAUCAGCACAGAGCUAGACCCACAUGGUAUGUCUGCAUCCCCCUCUGUGAUGUCCAGACCAGUUGUCCAGAAGACUGCUAGGGCAUCUCUGGCUUCACCAAACAGAGGGCCCCCUGGUGCCCAUGGCCCCAACCAGCAGGUGGCCAUACAGAUGCCUGUCAGCACAUCCCAUCCUAACAAACAGAUCAGCAUCCCUUUGUCUGCCCUGCAGCUGCCUGGACAGGAUGAGCAAGUUGCUUCUGAAGAGUUCCUGCCCCAUCUGCCCAGCCAGGUCUCCUCCUGUGAGGUAGCCCUUUCUCCCUCAGUUAACACAGAGCCAGAAGUGAGCUCCAGUCAGCAGCAGCCCCCACUUGCUUCAACCAUAACCACUGAGGCCAUGGCACAGUGCAUACCAGACCAGGAUGAAAGAGCAGCUGAGCUCAGCAGGGAGCAGAAUGAGAAAACCAUCCGGAGCACGCAGACCGCGCUCCGCAAUUUCCCCUAUUCUACUAAGCUCAACAAAUUUCCUGUAUUUAAUAUUAAUGAUGACUUGAAUGAUCUGUGUACCAGUGCAGUAAGCCCAAAUACCACCAAAGCCACGCGGUAUGCCCUGAAUGUGUGGCGAUAUUGGUGCAUGACCAACGGGCUCAAAGAUCACACAGACAUCACCAAGAUCCCUGCAGUGAAGUUGAACGAGCUGCUCGAGAACUUUUAUGUCACCGUUAAGAAGAGCGACGGCUCAGACUUCCUGGCCACCUCGCUCCACGCCAUUCGCCGAGGCCUGGACCGCAUCCUGAAGAAUGCCGGUGUGGGCUUCUCCAUUACCAGCAGCACCUUCAGUUCUUCCACCAAGAAACUCAAGGAGAAGCUGUGGGUGCUGAGUAAGGCAGGGAUGUCAGGUGCCCGUUCUCGCAACAUCAUCUACUUCUCCCUGUCUGAUGAGGAGGAGAUGUGGCAGGCAGGGUGUCUAGGGGAUGACAGCCCCAUCACUCUCCUGUCCACUGUGGUCAAGUACAACAGCCAGUACCUGAACAUGCGGACCCUGCAGGAGCAUGCAGAUCUGAUGUAUGGGGACAUCGAGCUGCUCAAAGACCCACAAAACCAGCCCUAUUUUGCCCGGACAGACAGUGUCAAGCGGGAGAGUCGGAGUGGGUCCACUCGAAUCUGUCAUGGGAAGAUCUAUCACGAACAUUCCAGGGGACACAAACAGUGCCCGUACUGCCUCCUCUACAAGUACAUGUACAUCCACCGGCCACCCACCCAAAUGGAAGCCAAGUCCCCUUUCUACCUUACUGCCCGGAAGGAGGCCAUAGACAUGGGCAGCGUGUGGUAUGAGGAACAGAGGAUGGGACUGCGGUCUCUUCGGGGAAUUGUCCCAAACUUAGCCAAGAAGGUCAAGCUGGACAACUGUGAGAACUUCACCUUCGUCUCAUUUACUCAGGUCUCCAGGAGGCUCGGCUCCCACAGCUGCUGCCAGUGAGCCGCCCCUGGGUCCAGGUCUCUGCCCUGCUCCCCUGCGGGUUUCUUUCAGCGUGACCCGCUGUUUCUUGGACUUUUGUGUUUUCUAACUGAAAGUAGAUGAGUUUGAAUAAUUAGGGUGUUUUAUCCAAAUGUGUGUCACCUUUGUUAAAUUAUAGAGUCUAAUACAAUGUAUAAUUGCUACAUACACAGGAGCAAGGAAGUUCAUUUUAUCUAGUGCCUUUUUAGCACAGAUUUUCUCAAAAAAAAGAAAAGAAAAGAAAAAAACGGUUUAGUCAUUUUUAAAAAUCCCAGUAGCCUAGUAGCUUUAGAAUGUUAUGAAGACUGUAUACACUUUGUUGAAUUACACUCACAAUAACAACUAGAAAGAAAGAGGCAGACAUGUUAACCGUUUCCAGGAGAAAACUUGCACUUGACCCUCCUCUUUAUAUUGUGUUGAUGGAUGACUUGGCUCUGCAGAGCAAACAGCCCUGUUUGGUGGAAGAUCGUGGAGCUGUGCUCAGUCAGGCUCUCAGCACUGGGAGGAACUUGAUCUCUGCACCAGUGGAGACAAUUUGAUGAAAAAAGAUUAAUGCACCAAAAGGUAUUGGUAAGAGCAAGGUUUCCAGUGAACCGGAUGGUUUGUACCAUGAGGGAAUUUCCAGUAGUAAAAGAAAGCGGCUUGGAAAAGCAAUCUGUGAUCAAAAUGUGAAAACCUCCUGAAGCAGAAGUGCCUACGUUUUAUUUCUCAGCAUCAUGUGAAAGCUCUUUUCAUUUGAACCUUUUUUAGAGUUGUUUUUUUAGAGUUGUUUAUCUGUUCUUUGUGUCAUACAGUUCUGUCAGCAUAUAGCACUGGAUCUGUAAAAGAACUAAAGGUAAUCUUUCAAGCUGAGCCAAGAAAACCUAACAAAACAAGCUGCAAAGGAAACAAAUCCAAAAAUGUGUUUAUUAAAGAGCUUUGAAAUAUUUUUGUCCAAGUAUGACUUUUUCAGCCACAGUAGAUGUCAUCAUUUUAGGCUGGCACCAAUGCUUGGGACAUGGUGACGUAGGCAGCCUGCCAGGUAAGCACACCCAGCAUUAAGGACGUAGUUGUCAAAAUCAGAGGAUGACGAUAGGUUAUUAAUGUGGUUUGAAACCACUUCACUCAGGUAAAACUCAACCUGACCACAUGCUAUUGAAACAUCAGCAAAUUUUCUAAUAACUGCUCUGAAUGAGAAGUGAAAAAGGAGCCCAAAGAGUGCUAAUUAAUAAUUUCUAGGGAUCUUUGUUUUGUAUUUGAGGAAAGACUGCUACAACUUUAUAUCAUUGUGUUCCUUGUGUAUGCUUUCAAAUUCAAAAUUCCAAUAUAAAUUGGAAUUGCGGGAGUCCUGAAAUCAGUCUUUUUUUUUUCCAAAAACAUUGUUUUAGUAUUUAUUUUAAUUAAUUUUUUUUAAAAAACUAUUCAGUGGUCAUUGAAAUAUGGAAUACUUCCUUUACCAGAGAAUACUCAACCAAUGCUGCCUUAAGGGUUAAUGUUGUUCCCUUUUUAGUUUCUGCACAUUUAUAAUUUUGUUUACUAGUCGGUCUUUUCUGAAUAUAGAUUAAUUUUGGUGUCUCCAUCUGUAUGUAACAGGUAAUAAUUAAAAAUUAGCGUCAUGACUUUAUAUUGCAUACUGUUCUAUUAUCUAUAGUGAUUUUCAGGUUUCGAGAACAAAAGAGACACAAAAUGUACCAUUUCCUUUAGUUUGCUAAACACCCAAAGGAUAUUUUGUUUGUGGAAAGCAGAUGGUCAUUUUUUUUCUUGUCAGUUCUGUACUUAAACAGAAAUAGAACCUAUGUGAACUACUGGACAGAGCCUGCAGCCUAAUUAAAUAAAACCUCCAUUUUUAUUUUAAAUAGAUUCAAGAAGAAACUGCCAUUAGGAAUCCCUGGGAUCUUUGCAGAUUUUAACGUUUCCAGAAGUAGCAAUAACUGAGCCGGAGGUUGUAAUCUUUCUGUUGGUAGUGGCUUUUUUAUCAGCUAAAUAACCAUCCCUGCCUCAAAUUUGUUGCUCAUUACCUAUUUGACAUAGUGUAAAUCCCCAGAGCUCUGAAGUGAAUGAUUACAAUAAAAAAAUCAGGAGGCGGAAUCUUCAGUGAUAUCUGAAGAGAUGAAAGAACUGUGUCUCAGCAUCCUAAAUGCCGUUUAUUACAUGUCUCCUUGGGGAAUAGGAGUGACAAAGAAAACACAUUCAUCAAGUGCUAUUCUGUGCCACCCAUUGUUCUGGGUACUUUGUCUAUUAUGUAUUUGUGUGUAGAUGUGUAUGUUUGUAUGCACACACACACACUUUAUGUGUGGUAAUGCCUCAUAAACCUGCUAAAACAGUGAAGCACCUAUCCAUCUCUAUGGCCGUGUCCACCCUCAGAAGACGUGCAGGGGUCACGGGGAGCUAGUUCUAGUUGGUGUACAGCUAAGGCUAUCGGUCAGUUCUAAACCAUAGCCCCUGGCGACUCCAUGGUCUUCUGCCCUUGGCCUAAGCCAGGAGAAAGGAGAAAGGGAAGGUUAAGAGUGUUUUCUCCUUUACCUUUAGUUUUCUUGGGGUUUUUUGCUUGUUUUUUUAAACUCAAAAGUCAGAGUGGAUAUCAGGAACUUGCAAGUUCACCUAGGCACAAGUUGCCUCUGGCUCUGUCAGGAAUGGAGGUGCUUUAGGUAUCAUGACAGGGCCUGUGCAGUCCUGUGAGCGAGGUCUUGCCCAUAGCACCUUCUGCAUCUGCUGUAAAGGGAGCCCUGCUGGCUUGGGAACCUCCCCGAAUCUAGCGGGUCUCCCCUUAGAAGUGUAUUCUGGCAGAAAUGAUAGGCGUGAACUUCAGGGUAUGAUUCAAUUAAAUAUUAAGGGUUUAGCACAGCACUGGCACGUAGUAAGCAUGCAAUAAAUGUUAGCUAUUUUAGUUACAACUUUUGGUAAUAGUAAUAACUCAUAUCAUUCAACUAAUCUGCAUGACACCACUAUUUCUUCCAUUAUGGAGAUUCUCUCUCCUUUAAACUGUUAAACUUGAAGUGGAAACCAAACCUGAUAAUCUGGUCCCACGUAUGCCCAUAAAUUCUACCUCCAACACAGCCUAGCCCUGGUACCUCAGAUCUAAGCAAAAACAAGUGAAGAAUGGAGAAACCUUUAGAAACUUGAUGAGAAAGAUUUUCCAUUGUUUAGUGUGUUCGCAAAGGGGAUUAUGGAAGAACCUAACCAAAGCUGUGAAAGAAAUGGUCCCCUCGGUCCUGUGGCAUUUUCCAGCUUUCCUUGGGUUAUACAUAUGCUAUAUUAGUCUGCCCUGAUGGAUAAAUGGUGUUUAAAGAAAUGUGGAAUUCUGUUACGUUGGUUUUAAUUCAGCCUUAUUAAAAGCAUUAAGCACUAUGCCACUUGUCAGCAUGUUCACAGUCACUAGGAGAAUAUGGACUCCUCGUGAAGCAGCUGGACGAAGCCUCUGGCUAUGGUAGAAAGUUACUAGACUGGAAGCUCCUUCACUACUCACUUGGCAAAUUCUGGUCUCACGUUCCUGGGCUGUAAAGUGGGGCCAUGGGAGUGGAUCAUCUCCAAAGUGGAUAAUGCUAUCCUUCUGCAAUUUCCCCAGGCCAUAUAGUUAGGGAGGGGCAAAACUAGGCAGCAAACAAAACUGGUAAAAACUAGUUCCUCAAGGUCUUAUCACAAAUCUAUCUCUUAACUCAGUGCUUCUCACUAGACUGGAAGGGUUUCUUUAGGAAUAACAAUUUUCUUGAAUUUUCAGGUUUCACGUCUUCUGAAAUUAUUUUGCUGUCUAUAGGCAGCAGAAUGUUGAUUAUUUUUCUGUUCAGGUUCACACUGACCGCAUUGUUGCUACUUAAAUAGAGUAAACAGAAUAUUUAUUAUGUUUCUCAAAUGCACGCCACCUUGUUGCUUUUAUUGAAACCUGGAUUGCCAAACAGUGUGGAGCUAGUAACCAGCCACCUUUAGGCAUCAAUAAAUGCAAACAAUGAAGACCUCCAAGAAGAGUUACCUCAUUUUCUCCACAUGAGCUGCCGUUCAGUCUUAAGUUAUGGCCCAGGUGCAAACAAAUAGCCCUGAAUAGAAAAAUACAUUAAAAGUUUCAAAUUCAUAUAUAUCUUUAAAUGCUUUUGCUUUGAGGGUGAAUUUUUAAUGUUUUGUAUUCAAAGAAAAAACAUUCAAUUGUUUGGGCAGUGCUCUUAGGUAAAAAUCUUCAUUGUACUCUCCCAUAUAAAUUAACCAUCUUAGCAAAAACGUAAGUGGAGGGAGAGCUUGGUGGUGACCUAAGGCCAGGCUCCCUUUCUGAGAGAGGAAGAGGCCAUGAGGAUGAUAAAUAACUUAUCUCUGGAAAUUAUUCUGAUAUCGCACAAUUUCCCAAAACUCCUUUGAGGGAGGAUGCCCAUCUUCUGGCAAAGGUCAUCUGUUAUUAUUAUGAUUUUGAGUACUUCUAGUUCUUUACAGUCCAAAAAAUCCAGUGUAGUUCCUCAUGUUUAGCUAUUGAUCAGAAUCAGAUUUUUAUGCUCGAGUAAAGUGCUUUAUUAUUUAUCUAAUGCAGCUCAUAUGGAAGUUAAUUAAUAUGUAUUAAGUCCAAAUAGUGAUCACUAAUUAUGUCUAGGUGCAUAUUGCAUCCAUUACCAUUAAUAGCAAUUAGACAGAGCCCCCUCCCCUAGUGAGAUGAGAAUGGGCUUAGUCCUAAAUAUUUUGUGGUCAGUAUAACUGAUUUGAUUACUUUAUGUUUAAGGUAGUUAUUGAUCCUGAUUUGUUCAAAUAAGUUUCUAGAAGGUUCAGAUUUGACUAACACUAUGGUAAGUGCUUUCCCACAGCUGCCUCAAGUUCUCAUUUAAUUCUCACAACAGCUCUGCAAGGUAGGUCUAAUUAUUCUCAUUUUACUUACUGAGAAACCAAGGCUCAGAGAAGUUAAGUAAAUUUCCCAAAGUCUCACACAGCUAAUCAGCUGGAACACAUAAGUUUGAUCCCUGGUCGUGUGACUCCAAAUUCCAGUGCUUAAUCCAUUAGACAAAACUGCCUUCUUAAGGCCCAUAGAGGUCCGCUUAUCACAGAGCUUUGAAAAAAAAUUAAAGGAGUUUCUAUUUGUUCGGGAAAUAUUUCUUAAGCCAUACUGUGUCACAUCUCAUACUAGUCAGUUGGUCACGUGCUAUAAUUCAGUAGUUCCUAGAAUGGUCUUCUGUGAAUGAGUACACCAUUUCUUGCCUACUGAGACUCUUGUCUUUAUCCAAUAAAGAAUUCGUAUUACUCAUUACCUUAAAGGGCACAUAGUCAUGCUGAUUUAUUCUAAUAAAAGUCAAGUAAUUUACAAACUGCACCUGUUUUGGCAUUGGCAUCACAACUUAAAAUGUAAAGAGCUUCCUAAUCUAUGUCACAACUACAUGGUCAGGUGUUUUACUGUCGCUUUUUACUUUUAGUGUCAGAGAAUUUUUAUAAUCUUUAGGCUUAAAGCACUCUCAUAGCAAAAUACAUAUAUAGUCAUUUGUUCUUUUUUAUUCUUCUUUAUCAGGACAUGUUUACUUUCUGCUUUGAGACUUAACAAAAAACAAUAGGUGUUUACUUUCUUCUUUGAGACUUAACAAACAACAAUAGGAUAUAGGUAACUCUGAGAUUGUGUAGCCAAAUUCGCUCAUUUUGCCAUAAGGACAUUGAAGCCCAGAGAGAGUAAAGGUCCCAUCCAAGGUCAGCAAGACAAUAAGUGGUAGAUUCAGAGAUAGAAAAUUAAUCUAGAACUCUUUCCUGCAAACCAUGGCUGGGAAGAUUGGGAUUUUAAAAAAUUAAUGGAUCCACAGCUGACAGAAUGACAUCUCCCUAUCAGAAGCCCCCAGUGAGCGCCUAUCUUCCCCAGAAAAACACUCAUAAAGACCCGAAGAAGGCCAAAUCUCAAUUCUGUAAUCUAGAAGGAACUGGAAAGUUUCUUUCUCCCACCCUCCCUUUCUUCUCCCUGCCCUGCCUCCUCUUCAUUCAGCCCAAGACUCCAAGUCCUAGGGCUAAACCAUGAGAAGAAAGCAGACAGGAUCUGUUACAGGUAUAGUGCAUUCUAAGAUAAAUGCCCUUCAGGUGAGAGCAAAAAUAAUACAUAGGUAGAAGAACAUGCAAAUGUGAUUUUUUUUUUAAUGUAUGAUGUUGAUUCAGAGAACCAGACAGCCUGAUAAUAGGAAGGAAAAGAUGCCACUUCAACAGAAAAAUGCUAAACUAGAAACUGAACUUGGAAAUCUGCACAUCUCCUUACCACCAAACUCUAUAUCCUAAAGCGGGAUUUGACAAACAACUAAAGUGGACAGAUAGUGUAACCAAGACAAAUUCUGGGUCCGGGAAAAAAGGACCACAUUUAAGGAUGACUAUAGAAAAAAAGUGAAAUGGGGCAUAUUUUUUUUAAGUGACCGAACCAAGGAAAAUGGACAGCUUCCAGAACAUUUGAAAAUGAAAGUGGUCUACUGCAAGAAACAAGAAAAUUUUAGGAUUCUUUUUGUUAUUAUUCAAAAGAAUUGCUUCUAUGCAGCAAUACUUAUCUUCAAAUGGGAGUGAGUCCAGAGGAAAAGGCCAUAGAAUAAAAUGAAAACGAAGAUAGAUUAGAAAGAAGGAUUUCAAGGAAGCUAAAAACACAACAUCAGAUUAAAAUCCACAUUGGAAGCAGAAAAGAUCAAUACUGAUACUUAAAAAAACUCAAAUCAAUAAUGUGAAGGACAAACUUAAUAUUUUUCUUCCUAAUGUUCUUUCAAAAGAAACGAGAUGAAAAUAACAGGAUAAGAUAAUGGAUAUGGAAGACUAAACAGUAGCUUACAUUACUGAUAUAUGUGUUCCUGAUGGAAAGACGAUUUUGAGAAAAAGUAUCAGACUUUAAAAAUGAAAUCUUUCCUGAACAGAAUGAAAAUUUGUGUUUGUAGAUUAGGACUCACUACAUUCCAAGCAAAAAAAAUUUUUUUUGAAAGAGACCCUUACCUAAUUAAGCACCUCAUGGCAAAAAUUUUAAACUACAAUGAUAGAGAAUGAAAACUCUUGCAGGCAUCCAGUCAUAAAGUAACAAAUUGUCUAUCAGAAAACAAAAGAACAUUUAGAUUUCUACUCUAUAGCACCAAAUGCUAGGAAACAAUAGGGAAUUUUGAGGGGAAAAGUUGUGACUUUGGAAUUUGAUAUAAUUUUCAUUUUUUUAUAGAAAAUAUUUGUAGUUAUGACAAGCAUUCAGGAAAUGAACCAUCUAUAUAUUCUAAUAAAGAUUAAAUUGUACUGCAACCUACAAAGCUUGGUUAGAAAAACAAUUUUGUUUAAUAUAAUUUCAAGGGACUUGGGGGUAUCAAAUAUAGAGCAUACAGAAGAAGACUACGUACGUAUGCUUUUAAAUAGAUAAUAACGCUAGAAGCCACAUAUCUAAAAGUUCCCAAAGUCAUCAUCACAUGAAUGGGUUAAACUAAUACAAGAAAAUGUACCUAAAAACAACUGUCAUAUCACAGCCUCAUGUUUCUUCAUUUUUAUUACUGAAGUAACGUAUGAUCAUUAUAGUAUAAAUAGAAAAUUCAGAUACAUCUUUUACAAAGAAAAUUUAAAUUGCUCUUUUCCCCACUACCAUUUAAAACACUAUCCUGAGAAGAGUCCCUUGCUUCCAAGUAAGAAAAGGCAGGGGGUUCCCAUGUGCUUUUUCUACUCUUCUCAAACUCAGAGCUAACAAUAGGUGCAAAAUGAAAAAAUUACAGAAUAUAUAUAUAUAUAUGUAUCUGUGUUUUAGAAAGAUCAGGAAAAGGAAACUUGUUUUAGAAUAUAAAUGCAAGAAAAGUUCAGUUUCAACAGCGGGACGUUGGCCUGGGGCAGUGACGGGCUUUCCUUAGCUGUACUUGACCUUUAGGGAACUGUGUUUAAAUUCAGGUACUAAGGGAAUAAAAGUAGUAAACACCGCCGCCACUACCACCAGUUUAAAGUUUAAUCCCUUCCUGUGUCUAGCAACAUCAGUAUUAGAACUGACUGGGUUGUUUUGUUCUGGGUUUUUUGUUUGUUUUUUCAUUAGCUUGCAUUGGGAAAACAUGCAAGACUGUCCAGUAUCUUUGGCCUUAAUGCUCACUUCCCUCCUGGCAGUCUAAAGGUUUUAUCUGGCAAGUUGUGUUGCCAGCUUAAACUCUCAAUUAAAUUUUCAACAACACCAGCACGUUCGCUUUAAAUGUAGCAAUAGAACAGUUAAUGGGUUGCUUGCGUUUGCUUGGCUUGUUCUGACGCACAGCAAACCUCUUCCAGAUGGAGAGUCUCUUCAGGACAGAUUCCAAGUAUAACCUUUCCAGGGUCUCUCCCCUUGCUUGGCUGUGACGGACAGAAAUCUGUUCACUUCAACUCCUUAGAUAAGAAACCCAACGCUUGUAUUUAAAUUUUAAAUAUUUUCUAUGUGGCUGUAUGUUCCAAAUGAUAGCAAGAAAACUGUGCCCUAAUGCUUUCACUGUUCUGGAUAUGUUUUGGGUUUGUUUGUCUGUUUUUGUUUUUGUUUUUUAAUGUAGGGGCUAUACAUCAUUUCUUAACAUUGGAAACAUCAUUCAGAAUGAUAGUGGAAAUGGUAACUUAAGUGAAUUUUUUUGGUUCUAUUUUCAACUUUUUCUUUCUCCCCCCCAGUGAUGCCUGCACAUGUUCACACAUGCGUGUGCACAUGGGCACACAUGAGUGGGAAAGCAUAUGUCACACCUAUUUUCUGUAGUAGAGUGUCGAGUUGGAAGGCAUUUUCUCGUUCAAGGCCAGCCCUCUAGUUGCUAGUAGUAGUCUGUUAACAAUUUACAAGGUUCUGGUUUUUUUUUAAAGUCAUUAUUGUUGUUUGGUUUGGUUUAUGUACAUGCAGCUUGUUGUUUAACCCAGAUUUUUGAAAAUAAAAAGAAAAUGUUAAUGUA